UUCACUGCUAGUUUCCUUCCUUCCAAACAGAGUAUUUAUUUCCCUUACUGUCCCAUCCUCUCCAAUCCACCAAACACAUUGCAUUACUGCAAGCAUCAGCUCUCUUUCUCUCUCUCAUUCUCCUUCCUCAAGCCUAUCGAAUCUAUUUCACUGUGUAUGAUAAUAGCCAGAAAAGAACCCAUCUUCAAACCCUAUUUUCUGAACAUGAAUUUCUGAGAAAAUUUCCUAAAAUCUGAUUAUAUAAAUAUCAAUUGCAGUUGUAUUUGUAAUAGAAAAGAAAAGAAAAGAAAAAAGCAUAAAAUGUCAGAAAACGAUACAGAAAAGAAAGUUGCCGAUAGGUAUCUAAAGCGUGAAGUGCUUGGUGAAGGUACUUACGGUGUAGUCUACAAAGCCAUCGAUACUAAGACUGGACAGACAGUGGCAAUUAAGAAAAUUCGGCUUGGGAAGCAAAAGGAGGGGGUUAAUUUUACAGCACUUAGAGAGAUUAAACUGCUUAAAGAGCUUAAAGACCCAAAUAUAAUUGAGUUGAUUGAUGCAUUCCCUCACAAAGGGAACUUGCAUCUUGUGUUCGAGUUCAUGGAGACUGAUCUUGAAGCAGUUAUUCGUGAUCGAAAUAUAUUUCUUUCACCGGCUGACAUAAAAUCAUACUUUCAGAUGACAUUGAAAGGACUGGCUUAUUGCCACAAGAAAUGGGUUUUGCAUAGAGAUAUGAAGCCAAACAACUUGUUGAUAGCAUCUAAUGGACAGCUUAAACUUGCAGAUUUUGGUUUGGCACGCAUAUUUGGAAGCCCAGAUCGCAAGUUCACUCACCAAGUCUUUGCUCGAUGGUAUAGAGCGCCUGAGCUGCUUUUUGGCACCAAACAAUAUGGUUCUGGGGUUGAUGUUUGGGCUGCAGCCUGUAUAUUUGCUGAACUCCUCCUCCGUCGACCAUUUCUGCAGGGGACAAGCGACAUUGAUCAAUUAGGAAAGAUUUUUCAAUCCUUAGGGACUCCUACACCUUCUCAGUGGCCUGAUUUGGUCUACCUCCCUGAUUAUGUGGAAUACCAAUCUGUUCCUGCACAACCUUGGCGUAAAUUGUUUCCGAUGGCUAGUGAUGAUGCUUUAGAUCUGCUGGCAAAGAUGUUUACUUAUGAUCCAAAAGUUAGAAUUUCAGUGGAACAGGCAUUAGAGCACAGGUACUUCACAUCUGCACCUCUGCCUACUGAGCCGGCUAAGCUCCCUAGACCUGCCCCCAAGCGGGAAUCUGUCAAUCCUAGGGCUUCAGAUUUUCAUCCACUGGAGGGACCCACUGUGUUAUCACCUCCAAGGAAGGCAAGAAGAGUGAUGCCUGACCGUGAGGGAUUUGAUGGAAAUGCAUCUCAAGUUGAUAAGAUUGAUGAACAUGGUGAAAUCAGACAGGCAGCUGGGAAUUACACUGGCAGGAGUGAACAGGUGCCAAUGUCAAUAGAUUUUUCUGUCUUUGGAUCAAGACCUAUGAGCAGACCCACAAUUAACAGUGCUGACAGAUCCCAUCUGAAGAGGAAACUAGAUCUCGAAUUCCAACACCCAGAAUAGAAACCAAUAAAAUCAUUAAUUUCUGCCAGAUUUGGCACGUGCUUCUGAGGAUGGACUAUUCCAGGGCAUGCAUUUAUGAGGUAACCAAUGAUUCUCGAGUUUGUUGUAAUUAUGCGGCAGUAUUUCCUAUUUCUUAUACUGACAAGCAACAGCCUGUUCUUGGCAUUUUCACCUACUUAUUACAAGGAAGAUUAUCAUUUUUCACAUGUUUGAAGUUGUGGCACAAACAUGGGAGUAAUGAAGAUAUUUCCAUGCAAAUACUGUGGUAAAAAAGGAAAUAAUGACAUUUUUUACGUUUCAAGAGAAUUUGGUGUGUAGUCCAGGAUUACUAAUUUUUUUCCCCCACAAUAUUUGAUGCUUGAUAGUAGUUGAACUGUGGUUUGGAGUGCAUAAAUUCCAAUGUAAAUCAUGUUUUAUUAUUUCUUCUGUUGUAUCUGAACUAAAAGAUUGCUCUACUUCAGCACUUUCCCCCCUCAUGGAUGGAUGAAAUUUACUAUUCAAUCAUAAA